CAUAAAGACUGGCGUCGCCGGCGCCGCCUUCCCACACUCUGGCUUGUCCGUAGGCCGCCUGUUCCCCUUUCUCUGUGUGUCGCUGCCGCUCUGCCUCUUCUUCCUUCUCGUACUGCCGCUCUGCAGUCUGUCAAGGCCGAGUCCUCUUCCGCCCGCACCUCUCUCUCCCUCCUGCCCGCGUCGCCCCAUUUCUCUCCGGCCGCCGCCGCCACUGCCGCUCAGCUGGUGUCGGUGCCGCGCUUUCCCCACGCCGUCCCCGCAGCCUAUGGCCCAGGCCGCCUUGGGUAUUUCUGCUCAAGGUAACCACAUCCCUCUUUAAAAAUUCCGCCGAAAAAGAGAAGACGCUUUACCCGACUCUUUGGGCCGUUAUCCCACGGCGAACUUUCUGACCGAGUGUACAACUACCCAGAGGGCCUAGGAGAAGUGCUGUAUAGGGAGCAGUUCGACUUCAACGCCGAGCCCCCCUGGGAGCCUAGCUGAUGAUAGGGGUUCCAUCUCCUAACUCGUCCAUUUUGUUGCAUAUUCUAAGGACCCAGACAUAAGCUUGGUGGCCCAUCACUUGUUUUUCCUGGUUUAUGACUUUCGGCUUUGUGGAAUACGGCUGAGAUGAAAGGAUUCGUUGACGAUGCAAACUACUCCGUUGGCCUGCUGGAUGAAGGAACAAACCUUGGAAAUGUUAUUGAUAACUAUGUUAAUGAACAUACCCUGACAGGGAAGAGUGCAUUUUUCGUGGGGGAUCUCGGGAAAAUCGUGAAGAAGCACAGCCAGUGGCAGAGUGUGGCUGCUCAGAUCAAGCCGUUCUACACGGUGAGGAGCAACUCAGCCCCGGCUGUGCUGGAGAUCCUGGCGGCGCUGGGGACGGGCUUCGCCUGCUCCAGCAAGAAUGAAAUGGCUUUAGUGCAAGAAUUGGGCGUAUCUCCAGAAAAUAUUAUUUACAUAAGUCCUUGCAAGCAAGUUUCACAUAUAAAAUAUGCAGCAAAAAUUGGAGUGAAUAUCAUGACAUGUGACAAUGAAAUUGAAUUGAAGAAAAUUGCUCGUAAUCACUCAAAUGCCAAGGUCUUACUACAUCUUGCAACGGAAGAUGAUAGAGGAGGUGAGGAGGGCAGCAUGAAGUUUGGCUCCACGCUGAAGAGCUGUAGGCAUCUCUUGGAAUGUGCUAAGGAGCUUGAUGUCCAAAUAGUGGGAGUUAAAUUCCAUGUUUCAAGGGCUUGCAAAGAACCCCAAGUGUAUGUACAUGCGCUCUCGGAUGCUCGGUGUGUGUUCGACAUGGCUGGAGAAUUUGGCUUUACAAUGAGCAUGUUAGACAUCGGCGGAGGCUUCACAGGGACUGCAUUUCAGCUGGAAGCGGUCAAUCGCGUUAUCCGCCCUCUGCUGGACGUCUACUUUCCUGAGGGCUCCGGCAUUGAGAUCGUCUCAGAACCUGGAAGCUACUAUGUGUCUUCCGCUUUCACACUUGCAGUCAAUAUCAUUGCGAAGAAAGUUGUUGACACUGAGAAGUUUCCCGCUGGAGAAAAAACCAGGAGCGGUGAGCCAGCCUUCGUGUAUUACAUGAAUGAUGGUGUUUACGGUUCUUUUGCGAGUAAACUGUCUGAGGACUUGAGUGCCCUCCCAGAGGUUCACAAGAAAUACAAGGAGGGUGAGCCUCUCUUCCCAAGCAGCCUGUGGGGUCCGUCUUGUGACGAACUUGACCGGGUCGUGGAGAGCUGUCUUCUCCCGGAGCUGGACGUGGGCGACUGGCUGCUCUUCACCGACAUGGGCGCAGACUCCUUCCCGGAGGCCUCUGUGUUCAAGGACGUGCCGCGGCCGGCCAUGUACUACAUGAUGUCAUUCAGCGACUGGUGCGAGCUGCAGGAUGCGGGCGUGGCUGCAGACACCGUGAUGAAGAGCUUCUUCUUCGUGCCUUCUUGCCUUCAGCUGAGCCAGGAGGACGGCUUUGCCACCGAAGCCUAGAAGGCACCACGCCCUUCUCUUGGUCUGAGGUUUCGGUUGCGUGGGUCUGGUCUACAUUCCAGGGUGGAGAGCAGUCCAAACUGUCUCACUCUUCAUCUCCCAGAGACAGACAUCAAGUCGUAGCUGCAUGGGACCAGACGAAGUCAGUGUUUUUCUAGAAUUCGUUGGAGUAACAGAGAGGGUUAGAUAAUGUGUCCAGAUUAACCCUAACAGUUUGUCCUACCCUUUACGCUUUGAAAAUAAAAUAUGCAACAAAAUGGAUGACUUAGUGGAGAUGGAAGCCCACAACCUGGGUUCCCCAUUCAACCGUUUACAUAAAAGUACACAGUUUUUAUACUGAGGAUUCAUGUCCAAAAGUCGUGUAAAGUUAAAUCUUCUGCCCAGGUAGAGCAGAUGCCAGGGGGGAGACGAGUGUGGCUUCAUUAGAUACGUUUAGUGUAUUUAGAGUGUGUAAAUUUGUGCUUUGAACUGUAGUUUAAUGUAAAAUUGCAUCAUAGUAUUUGUUGUAUUUGACCUAAUGUAACCCUUGUAUGAUUGCAAUAAAAUUUUGUGUAGAUUUUACUGUUUUUUUCAGCUAAAACUUUGGGAAAGGGGCUAGCUAGUAGUAGCAAAGGUAGUUUUGAAAUAGAUGUGUAUAUGAUCUGUUUUGAGGGUUAUUUUUCUUUAUAGCUCAUUUAAAUUUAGUUUGGCUCAGUACGUUUUUGAGUUAUUUAAUUAGUAAUUUAAAGUGUGUGGUAAAUCAUCGUGAAGUUCUGAUUCCUUGCAGAGAGUUGAUGUGCAGUUAGCAUGAUGUUUAACAGUCCUAACCCUGAAAUGUUACCCCUUCCUAAACCAUUGUGAUGCUAACCAGGUGUUUCUGUAUAGGCAGAAUGCAGAGUUACUUAGUAAAUCUUUGAAUCACAAAUCUUUUUGGCUGACAUGGAGGAUUUCUGUUGAGUACUUUAAAUAAACUUGGUGGGGAGGGAAAUAAAAUUGCAGAGAACUACGAGCACUAAAACGCAAAGAAGGGCUACAUCUGUAUCCAGAAAUCAGAUUUUCCUUUAUUGCAUGAAGUAUUUAAGUUUAGAAUGAGGAGGGGAAGACGGGGUCACAUUUCAAUUUAACUGCAAUGAUUUCAAACUUAGAAUUUUUUUUGUUACUGAUUUGAACUCUUUUGUAAGUUUCUUGCUAUUUCCCAUUUGUUUGGCUGAAUGAUUUUAAUUCUUUGCAUACAGAAUUUUCUGGUGGUUGGGAAGGAGGUUAAUGUCACUAACCCUGCAGGCAUCGCCGGGAAUUUGCUUUGAUCGCUGCUAGUAUAUUAGCAAUCCUAAGUCUCAGAAUCACAACAGUACUAAACCACAAGGGCGCGUUUUGUCCGCGACUUCCUCUGUUCAGAUGUGGGGUUUCUGUCUCCAAGAGGAAAUGUGACUUCACUCUGGUGCCAACGGACAGAACCCCCACCUAUGCUGCAUGGAGGAGGCUUGGGAGCCCUGCAGCAGCUGGUUCCACAUCUUGACUUCAAGGUGGAAGCAAGUUGGCCACAAAUCUCUGAUUUGACUCAAACCAGUAGGUGCUUAAUAUUUAUUUGAUUAAUGCCCACUUGAAUAGCAUGGGUCCUAUUAAAAGUGUAGGGCCCCAGUCCAUUGUCAUCUAAUCGCCUUGGACUUUUCCAAGGUACAAUAUGGGGUUUUGUCCAGAACUCCACAGUACCAUGUAACUUUUUGUUAGAACAGUACCAAGGAGGAGUGGGUCCUACCUUGACCACCUGUUGGGGUGCAGAAAUGGCCAGAGCCUUUCCAGGGCGGCACCGCUCCACAUUCUGGGCUUACCGGGCCGGCUCCAGCCCUAGGCCUGGCGACUGUGCUGUCUGCUAGAGAGCAGCUCUGGCCUGCGGGCACCUCGUGUGAGUGACAAGUGAACUUGGAGAGACAUUGUAUUGUAUCUGAAGACUGUUUGCCAUAACCUAAAGUUUCGACCUUGUGUAUUCCAAUUUGGUAUGCUAACAAAGUAAUGUAAAAUCUUUUUAAUAUAAUAUUGUAAUCUCAGUUCAAAAUUUAACUGAGAAUAUAAAAACCCAAAUGGUUUCUAUAUAGUAAAUUGAACUGUAAAAGGUACCUUGUGUGUGAUUCUGAAUACACAGAUAAAAUGUUUUUAUUUCUCAUGUUUUACUUUGAUGGCUUCUCCUGAAAUAGAGCUGAGGUUUUACAUCCUUGGUUAAAGCCUCCCUCAGAAUCGUGUUUUAUUAAAACUGUGCUAAGCAGUGCAAUGGCACUGGUGUGACA